CCUUCUCUCUCUCUCUCUCCCGAACCCCUCAUUUCUCCCUCUCUCUCUCUCUCUCUCUCUCUGUGCAAACCAAACCCUAAUUUCGAACCGCACCCAUUGGAUAAUGCGAGAGAACGCCGGUCGCCGCCGUGGAAGCCCAGAGAACCAGGGGUGGGCGAGUUAUCCCGUGCGGGCGUGAGCAUUGUGCGGUCAAUGGCCCAGGAGAAGAAGGAGGAGAGGAAUCUUUGAAAACAUUAUCGAAAAAAAAAGGAAGGAAGGAAGGAAGGAAGGGGGGUUUGUUGAUCGGUUGGGGGCUUAGUAUGUGUGAUAUAGUGGCCCGUACGGGUCGACAUCAGCAACGCUACGAGGCCGGGUGUCGCCUUGUUGCCGGGUGUAUUCCAUUCAGGUACAGAAAUUCUGAUGAGAGUGGCGAUGCUGAUUCUGAGAAGAUUGUUGAGGUCCUUAUGAUUAACUCAUCCAGUGGACCAGGUCUUUUAUUUCCUAAGGGAGGCUGGGAGAAUGAUGAAACUGUGCAGGAAGCUGCCGUAAGAGAAGCUAUUGAAGAAGCUGGGGUUCGAGGAGAACUAAUGGAUUUAGUGGGGUAUUACCAAUUUAAGAGUAAAACUCACCAGGAUGAGUUGAACCCAGAAGGUAUAUGUAGAGCUGCUAUGUUUGCAUUGUUCGUCAAGGAGGAGCUUGAGUCAUGGCCAGAACAGAGCACUCGAAACAGAACUUGGCUGACUGUUCAAGAGGCUACUGGUAGAUGCCGGCAUGCAUGGAUGAGUGAGGCCCUGGUGGAGGGCUUCUCAAAGUGGCAUGCAGAAAAGAUGAUAGGUGCAGGGUAGGAUUGGAUGUGCCUGAAAUGAACAAAGGCUUUUUUAGGUGCAUUCUCAGAACAUAAACACAUAUUUGCUGGAAUUUUGUUGGAAUUGUUUUCGGGGGGCACUUUUCUACUUCCAGUCGAUGAUCAACUGACGGUAUAUAACUACAAACUUGCAUAGUUGCUGCCCCUCAUGUUUCAGAGGGUUAUUUUUCAGCUUUCUGUUACAUGUGCCCUUAUGUAGAACAUUUUCUGUUCUAAUAUCCAAACAUUUACUUA